CAGGUGAUACAGCAUCGUGAUAUCAUUCAAACUGAGUGCAACAGAGCCACAGCUGCUAAGAACAAACUGGAGAGUCUUUGCAGGGAACUACAGAAACGAAACAAAGAAGUAAUGCUCUUGUCUGAGAUGAUGGAAAAACAGAAGAAAUGUGAUGAUCUCUCCAUGCAAGAAAUGGAGCUAAAGGGACAAUUGUCUAUUUAUUCGGAAAAAUUUGAAGAAUUUCAGUCGACCCUCACAAAAAGUAACGAAGUAUUUUCAACAUUCAAAAAAGAGAUGGAUAAGAUGGCUAAAACAAUAGGAGAGUUAGAGAAAGAGUCCAAUACUUGGAAACUGAAAUAUGAGAAGUGUAACAGGAGCUUGUUAGAAAUGGCUGAUGAACGUAUACAACACGUUGAAACUGUUAAAGUUUUAAAAACUAAAAACGAUAAACUGGAGAAACUUUGUAGAGCCCUCCAGACAGAGAGGACAGACCUCAGUCAGAAACUUAAAAACCUAGAGGUCCAAGAUAAAGAAGAAUGUUUGGAAUCCGAAGAUAAACCUGAGACCACACCCCCAGAUGUCACGCCCAUCGAAACGCAAAAUGAAGAUUAAUUAUAAAUAAUAAAUUAUUUAAAAAUAUG